AUGGAGGCGACCUUCAUGGACUUAUGUGUCACUCAGUUUGCAGCGGCGUCCAACAAGGCUGAUACAUUUCAUUCGGCUGCUGAAUGGGAAACCUGGCGUCCCCUCAUCACGCAGCUAUAUUUCACAGAAGACAAGACUCUUAAAAUGGUCCAAAAGAUCCUUGCUGAUGAUUACGGUUUUCAUGCCACCGAAAGGAUGUUUAAGCGACGAAUCCACAAAUGGAAGUUGGACAAGAACAACAAGGAGCAUGAGAUGAAGGCCGUCGUCCAUACUCUCGAGCAACGCAGACAGUAUGGCCGAAGCCCUCUUCUCGCUGUGCGGAAUUCGGAUCCCAGUGUACUCUCUUGUCAGUCUAGCACCUAUCAUGAUUCGCCUCCUCUGGUAGGAACAUCUCGCCUUACCACUACAUGCUCGGGGUUCAAAGUCACCCCAACGGCCUCUUCCCAAAGUCAACAACCUUCUUAUUAUCCCAGCAAUUUUCAGACUUUCUUCUAUCCAACUGACUGGAUUGAUGAUCCAUUGUCGUCAAAAAGUGAAGAAGUCACCGCCAACACAGUCAUUGAUGGCACGCGACAUUUCUAUUUUACGUGGGCUGAUAACAUUCGCUCAUUCAGAAACGUUAACUGCCUUUGCAAAGCGUCCUUUGUCUCGGACAUGUCGCGACACAUCAAGUUUGUACUGACCAAUCUACAAUGGCGAAAGUAUGGAGAAGCAUUCAAGUUCCUUAAUACCAUCCUCGAGGGUUUGCGGCGGUGGGCGAAGAUGCUGAAUCCAAUAGUACUCCUUCUUAUGCUCUGUUUCGUUAUGGAGCUAGACAAUGGCGAUAUGCAGCCUGUGGCACAACAAGUCUUGUCGUACCUUGCGAGUCUCUCGAACAUUGCGCAAGGACCAGGACAUCCGAUCCGGACGGUGUCACGCUCUCUCCUUCACAUGGCAGGCCCUGAGAGGUCACGGCUUGUUCGUGCCACGCUUUGCAAUAUUUACGGUUCGAUAGGACAAGACGGCAACGCUGAUUCCAUUCUUAUUGCAUGGGCGCAAUCAAUCGGAACACACAUCACGCAUCAUCUUGCCAACGGCAGGAGCAUCAGAAUCUCAAGCGUAGUUACCAGACACCACAGAAGUCAUGAUGCAGAUGACUUCAGCUGCUGCAUUCACGGCGCGCUUGGACCCAAAUUGACCGGUGCUGGAAGAGGAACAAGAUUUUGUGACCAGGCAUCAGUGAGAUCCAGCCGUUAA